CAAUCUUCUGCACCAAUAACAGAUAGCACCUGCCAUCAUCCCUUCCACUAAAAUGGCCACAAUCCCCCGUCCAAAAACUCCCAUCGACGAAACCCUCUGGCGGGACCAGGUCUGGUACCGUCAAUGGGGUCCCAUAACCGAAGUCACAGCAAUGGACUAUUUCCGUAUGUCUACUUUUUUCGACCACACCAGCAAUAAUGGCACGCUCUUCCAACAGAUGCAAUUCAACCCGCAAUUCCGCGAGGAGCUGCGAACUCCCGAGCUGUUCAACCGACGACUAGCGACGAUGACGGGAGUGGAGUACAUGCUUGCUGCGGGGAGUGCGGAGAGUGGUGUAUGGGUUAUCCGGAAGCAGCUGAGGAAGAGUCCCAGAUAUGAUGACAAUGGACGGGAAGAUGAUAUCACGGUGUUAGCUGCCUAUUAUAUUAUUGGGGAGAAUAUAUAUCAGGCGCCAAGUAUUGGAGCGGUGCUGCAGAAUCGGAUGUUAACAACUAUAUCCGCCCUCCGCUCCGCCCUCACCGUCGCAACAAACCUCUCCUCCUUCCUACCAACAACCUCAACCAAUCCAUCCUCCUCCUCCCAAGCUUCACAAACCAUCACUACCGGCGUUGCUACAUCAUCCCAACAAUCUGUAUCAGCGUCCCAACCUCCUCCCUCCACACAAUCCUCCAUGGCCACUUCAACUCCUCCCCCACCACCACCAACUACUUCAUCCUCCUAUGUCAAUGACCCCCGCCUACUCGCCCGGGCGCUGGACCUAUCGAUAAAGCACCACAACGAGUACAUGGAUGACCAUGCCCCACUGCUGGGCGACCCAGCUAGCUUCUUGCAGUCACAGCCAAGCUCGCAAAGGAGUAGUACGCCGAAUUCGCAAGCAGAUGUCGCGGCGAAGAAGCAAGCUGCAGCGGUAGCGGCAGCCGCGAAGAAGGCCGGUGUGCAGCAGCAGCAGCAGCAGCAGCAGCAAGGGGUAGUGCAGGGGCAGGUGAAGAAGAAAGGCAAGGGGUUAGGGCCGUAGAGGCUCCGGUUAUGGCUGUGUGUGCCUGCGCGUGUGUAUGUUUGGUAAUGGGAUUUUUUUGUAAUUUU